GUGGUUAAGGCAGCAAAUGCUGAAGUUUUAAACAGCUGCGGGAGAUACCAAGAAGCUCUUGCUCCCUAUUCCUCCCUGUUUGCCCGUUCUCCUCUUUGAAGUUGCUAAUGAGUAAGCAGACUUCACAUGCAAGUUCAGUCUCCUUGCCAGCAGCAUGGGUACUGCAAUCACUGGGGGUCUCAGGCACUCCUCGGCAGUUUCCUAGCUGGGUGAUGAAAACAAAAAUGCAGCCUAAUUGGCCGUCUCCCUGGCUCUUUCUCGUGAAUAAAGGAGGUUUCUGUUUUAAGAAAUAAAGUGACUUAGCUGUUGAUUCACUGCCCACAGGGAGAUUUCUGAGCACAGGCUUCCUAGCCUCCGCGGAGAUUUGCAUACAACUUCCACUUCCUGCUUCAGAGCCUGUUCUACAACUUACCUGGCCCUGGACAGGGCGAGGGAAGUCCAGAGCGACCCGGGUGAAGACAGGAGAAACAGAAAGCGCGACCACCCCCAGCCGGUCUGUCUGUCUGUCCCUGGUGGGUCUAAGAAACUAGAAUGAACCGAAGCAUUCCUGUGGAGGUUGAUGAAUCAGAACCAUACCCAAGCCAGUUGCUGAAGCCAAUCCCAGAAUAUUCUCUGGAAGAGGAAUCAGAACCACCUGCUCCAAUUAUAAGAAACAUGGCACCCAACAGCUUGUCUGUACCCGGCCACCCUCACUGUGGCUCAGGAGACUUUGCUGAGGCUCACCCUCUCCUGAAACUUGCAAAUCACCAGUGGCCUGUGUCCCAGCAAGUCACCUGCCUACGCACUAAAGUCCUGGAGGAGAGUGAAGACAGUUUCUUCAGGAGGCACCCAGAUCCCGGCAAAGAUUUUCCCUUAGGCUGCUCUACCACCAGCCAGCCUGAGUCUGAGUCUGCGGUUACAACCCUCCCCCCAGAGCAUCAGUUUUCAUUUAUGCAAAAACGUAAUCCAUGGUUGGGAUCUCAGCUUUCAGCAGCUUCUCCUGACACUGGCCAUGACUCAGGCAAAUCAGACCAAAGUUUACCUAAUGCCUCAGCAGACUCCUCGGGCAGUGGCCAAGAGACAGUGCCACAGCCACAGCUCCACAGGAACCGAGCAGCCCCAGAUCUGCCAACGAUAGACACAGGAUACGAUUCCCAGCCCCAGGAUGUCAUGGGCAUCAGGCAGCUGGAAAGGCCCCUGCCCCUCACCUCUGUGUGCUACCCUCAGGACCUCCCUGGCCCACUCAGGUCCAAGGAGUUCCUGCAGUUUGAACCUCAGAGGUACCUAGCAUGUGCACAGAUGCUACCUCCCCACCCGUCCCCACAUGCUCCAUGGAACUAUCACUACCACUGUCCUGGAAGGCCCGAUCACCAGGUACCAUAUGGCCAUGAUUACCCUCGAGCAGCCUACCAGCAAGUGAUCCGGCCAACUGUGCCUGGGCAGCCCCUCCCUGGAGCAACUGUGAGAGGCCUGCACCCAGUACAAAAGGUCUUGCUGAAUUAUCCCAGCCCACAGAUCCAAGAAGAGAGGCCUGGGGGGAGAGACUGUUCCUUCCCAGGGCUUCCAAGGUACCAGGACCAACUGCAUCACCAGCCACCUAAUGGGGCUGGAGCUCCUGAGGAGUCCUCUGAACACCCUGAAGAGCUGAGACCACAGGUUCCCCAGGCUCCAUUCCCAGCUGCUGUGCCUAGACCCCCUAGUAACCCUUUACCCCGAGGAACUCUAAAAACAAGCAAUUUGCCAGAAGAAUUGCGUAAAGUCUUUAUCACUUAUUCUAUGGACACAGCUAUGGAGGUGGUGAAAUUAGUGAACUUUUUGUUGGUAAAUGGCUUCCAAACUGCGAUUGACAUAUUUGAGGAUAGAAUCCGAGGCAUUGAUAUCAUUAAGUGGAUGGAGCGCUACCUUCGGGAUAAAACAGUGAUGAUAAUCGUAGCAAUCAGCCCCAAAUACAAACAGGAUGUGGAAGGCGCUGAGUCGCAGCUGGACGAGGAUGAGCACGGCUUACAUACUAAGUACAUUCAUCGAAUGAUGCAGAUUGAGUUCAUAAAACAAGGAAGCAUGAAUUUCAGAUUCAUCCCUGUGCUCUUCCCAAAUGCCAAGAAGGAGCAUGUGCCCACCUGGCUUCAGAACACUCACGUUUACAGCUGGCCCAAGAACAAAAAAAAAAUCCUGCUGCGCCUGCUCAGAGAGGAAGAGUAUGUGGCUCCUCCCCGGGGGCCUCUGCCCACCCUUCAGGUGGUACCCUUGUGAUACCAGCCAGUCUCAGACCACUGGGGCCAUGCCAAGCUUGGGGGCCUGUUCUGACAGCAUUCUUUUAGUUGAUGCUGGUCUGUGACACUCAUGGCAGCUUCUCAGCAUAUCUCUCUUCUGCAGCAUAUUUGCCCCCAACGACAGGCUGCUCUGCAUUUCUUGCUUUGCAAAGAUCUGCUAAAGGUGCCCAUGAAUGGCAUGUUCCUUUGUACAGUCUGAUGUGUCCACUCUAGGCCUCACGAUGCUUAGUGAGUAGACAAUGUAAGUCGGUGAUACAGCAACAAAUGUUAAAUGACCAAACACUCCUGUUGCUACAGGCUACUUUUAUGAGUUAGCCAGAUGUUUGCGUGUCCUCAGGCCAUACUGCUCCAUGUACAAAUAAUAAAAUGUUUACUCUUUCCUAAGAGUGUGUUUCACUUAUCUCAAAGGAGAUAAACAUAUAUUAAUUUAUAAUGAUAUCGGCAGCUGCUUCCCAGGACGUCAACAAAGCUGCUAAGAUAUAAUAUUAGAUAAGUGUAACAGACUUCUCUGUAUUAGGGGAUUAAAGCCAGAUAGUUAAACACCCUUUUUAACAUAAUUAUAAAAGCUUUAUUCUUAUAAUAAAGAUUUUUAAUAAAACCACUCUGUACAACACACGAGUGUGAUUCUAAAUAGUGUUAUUAGGCUGAGUGUGUAGCUCAGUGAUACAGUGCUUGCCUAACAUACAAAAGGCCCUGGGUUCAAUCCCCAGCACCACAAAAAUCGAAACAGUGUGAGUAUGGUUUUUAGAGUCUGACUGUAUAUGUACAAAUAUGUGAGUAUGUGUAUGAAUUGACAGGGGAUAUGUAAUGUAGGCUAGAGCUGUGGUUUAGGAGACCUUUGUUCUAGUUCUGGUGCUUUUACUAACCGCCUGUGUGGUCUUUGGCAAGUCCUUUGUUUUUUCUGAGGCAGAGGGGACUCAUUUAUAAAGUGACAUGAAGACAAUAUCUCUAAUGACCCUAAAAGUUCUGGACUCUAAAUUCUAAAUAUUCUUUUGAGGAGUGACUGAUUUUUUAUUUUCAUAAUUGUCUCCCAGAUGAAAAUUUUACAUUUUCUCUUUGGGGGAAUUAAAUUUAUUUUUAAUUGAUUGAUAAAAGCAUAGAAAUUGUACAGUGGGUAUAUUUUCUUAAAAAGAAACUUAAAAAAAUAUCUUCAACAAUACCUGCAGUUAAUAAUUUUGGAAACACAUAUAUUCACAUAUAUGUACAGGUUAUCUGACCUGCAAAACAAAAACACACAUACACAGCUAUAUAUAAAUAUGUACAUAAAGUUUACCUAAAUGGUGGAACAAGGUAGGAUGGCUUUGUAGCCCAAGAUAAUAGGUCAGUCUGAAACCCUGGGGCCUGAGAAUUACUGUUUCCCCUUGCCUGUCUACCUAAUCUCUUAAACAAGGUUCAACUCUUAAUUUCAUCAUAGCUAAAGAACAAAUAUUUGUCAAUUAUCAAUAAGAAAGGUUGCUAAAGAAAUUGUAAAGAAUGCUAGUUUCAUUCACUUUGUAACUUAGAGGUCUUCUAGGUAAGGUAAAUGUUUUUUUUUUU